UGUUAGUAUCAUCUACGGACGGGUGGGUGGUGCACGAGAGGGUGCUUUGUGAGUUGGAGACUGUGAAACGAACGCGUACAUUCGACUUAAACGCCGGAGAGAUUGGACCGUUGGGUUGCAGAAGUUACCACUGCUCUAGUCUCUAGCAAUAUGUUCAUUGGCAUCACUUCCAGUGGAGACAACGUCAAUUCUCACUACGAUUACUUAAUUUGAAUACCGAGGAGACGUUUACCACUGAGAAUAAAUCAUAAUAAAAGCAAUAUGGCGUUAGAUUUCGUUGCUGGAUGUAUUGGUGGUUGUGCUGGAAUAGUAGCAGGUCAUCCCCUAGAUACUUUAAAAGUUCAUAUCCAAUCAGGUAGAGGAAGCCCAUUAGCAUGUACCAAAGCACUUUUCAAAGAUGGAACAUUAGCGACAGCAUAUAGAGGUAUUGGUGCACCAUUGGCAGGUGUAGCAGGUGUAAAUGCUAUAGUUUUUGGAGUAUACGGACACACGAGACGAGCACUGCCGAACCCCGAUUCGCUAACUUCACACGCAGUAGCUGGCGGCCUAGCCGGUCUGUUUCAAAGUUUUGCUUGUGCACCUAUUGAAUUAGUAAAAACGCGACAGCAGCUCGCUAAACCCGGAGACAUGAUGCCAGCGGGAGCAUUGUCUGGAACGAGACACGUUUUAUGCACGGGAGGUUUCAAAGCACUUUAUCGCGGAUUAGGUAUUACGAUGAUCCGUGACAGUCCAGGUUUUGCAAUUUAUUUUACAGCGUUUGAAAUAAUGACACGUGGAGAUCAAUCAGUACUAAAAGUUUUUACUGCCGGUGGUUUAGCUGGAGCCUUAUCGUGGUGGGUUCUUUAUCCAGUGGACGUUGUGAAGUCAAAGUUACAAGGUGAUAUUGAAGGCCGAUAUGCAGGAUCGUUGGAUUGUUUCAAGCAGUCGAUAAAGAAGAAUGGAUGGCGUUGUAUGGCACGUGGUUUGGGAGCUGUAACUAUUCGUGCUUUUAUUAGUAAUGGAGCGUGUUUCACGGCUGUGGCAUGGACUGAACGGAUAUGGCAAAAUUGUGCCUCCGAGAUAGCAGUACACACUUUAGUACAAGCUGCCCCAAUCAGUGAAACUACUUCAUCAGAAAACUUAGAUCGGUACUAUGAUGUAUGAAUUGCAAAUAAUUAUGUGUGAUUGAUUAAUCUUGAACAUUGAGCAUUUAGAUAAUUUUCCGAACUAUAAUAUAGUUAUAUCGUGCUGAUAAUAAGUAAUGAGUCAGGACAUGUUUAUAAAGAGCUUUAUUUGUUUUGUUUAUCAUAUACUUAAACCAUUGGUAUUCUUUUUGUUGAACACUACUUAUUACUCGCGACUUCGUUCGCGUUUUCAGGAUAUAAAUAAAAUAAAUUGUUAGAAAUAAAA